AUGCAAUAGUAAAAAAGUUAUUUGGUUCCUGGAUUACUAAAGUUAGGUAUUAUUUAUAUGUUUAUUGAUUGUAGGAUUAUUAAACGGAAAUUAGCCAAUCUAUAUAUUGAUUUUAAAUCAAAUAAGAGACAUUAAAGAAGUAAGUCUUUAGAUGCAUUCAUGUUUAUAAACAAUCAAUGCUUUUAAGUAUAUUAUUGAUAUAAAUAUAGUCCAUUUAUUUGGGUUAUUUGUAAUUAAUAAACUCUUAGAUUAGAAAUUAGUGAAGUAAAACAAAUUCUGAAUUAAUUGUGCAAGUAUUAUAUAAAAUGUUAUAGAGAGAAAUAUUCCCUUAUAACAAUUAUAAAGAAUUGAAAAAUUAAUUUUUGUUAGUGAUUCAAUCCAAUUACAACAAAUUGUUAAUGUAAUCCCUAAUGUUUGGUCAACUGUUUUGACAAAUAAAAUUCAUCAUGUUUUAAGGUAUGAAAAAUGACUAUAUAGAUUGAAUCAAUUAGUGAAUCACAACAUUGAGUUAACCUAAAAUUAGAUAGACUUUUUAUCUAGAAUAAAUAAUACAUAUUAAGAAGAAAUUCCAUUUUAUGGAAGAGAUAUUUCAGAAUAUCCAAUAGGUUAAUCAGGGAUACCAGAGUUUUUAGAAGCAAUUUUAUAAUAUUAUGAGAGACAUGACGACUAUUUAAAAAAAUAAGGUAAAAUUGUAAUAAAUUGGACUAUUAGGAGUAUUUAGAUUAUCAGGAUCCAUUUAAGAAGAAUAAAAAUUAAUUUAAUAGUUUUAAAUCAGAAAUUAUUCAGUAUUAGAUUAAUAUGAUUCUGAUGUUGUCUCUUCAGUAUUUAAAAAUGUUUUAUGCUAACUUAAAUAACCCAUAUUUCCAUUUGAAAUGUAUCAUAUGCUUAAAGAAACAUAAAGUAAAUAUUUCAAUUUAAUUAAGUUAAUGUUAGUAAAGAAUAAUUAUUGGAAAUGUUUUAAGUAUUUUUUGCAUACAUGCCAGCAGUCAAUAGAAAAACUACUAAAAGAAUUGCUGAAUUGUUGUUUCAUGUGGCAGAUUAUGAAUCUGAAAAUAUGGUAACACAUAUAUUAAUUAUAAAUAUAGAUGGGAUUACAAAAUUUAUCAAUUGUAUUUGCUCCAUGUUUUUUGAGACCAGAAGUGACAGAUUUCUCUGAUAUACAAGGAGCUAAAGUUGUUGUUCAUCAUUUUAAUUUAUUAAUCUAGAAUGUUGAAUAUUUUUUAUAGGAAAUUAAGAGAGAUCGAAAUUCUUUUUCAUAAAAGCUUUAGUCUUGA